GUGAGAGAGAGAGAGAGAGAGAGAGAGGAGCAGCGCGUGCCAAUGCAGCAGCGACUGUGUGACCGUAGCGUAAAGCUCCGAGUUGUGGGAGGGGAAAAGAGCGCGAGAGCGCAGCACGAGGAUAAAGCAGGCAGAGCGCGAGGACUGACCGAACAGCAGCUGCUGUUUAUGUGGAGGAGAAAGACAGAGAGUGCGAGAUCAGCCUCCUGGUGAUGGACAUCUGCAUGGGGAUCAUUAAGAAAGCUGGGUCUGCAGGUGAGGAGCGAGGCUGAGCGCGAGGCUGAGCGCGAGGCUGAGCGCUGCUGGACUUCCCCAAAUGGAAAGCUGCAUCCGAGCAUCUUCAGCAUCGCUGGACCGCGCUCACAUGGUGCGCUCGGGGAAGAGAUAGCAGCAGGACAGAACUGUGGCAGUGCAGUCUUCUCACGGUGAGAGCACAUUCAGUGGCGUGAAGCUCAUGAAGAUGUUCUUCACCAUCAGACCCCCAAACCCACUUCCUCUGAGGUUUCUCUGAAGGUCUUUGGAGUUUCUGGAGCGCUGUCCAUGGUGUUGAUGCUCCACGGGAUGGUGGAGACGCUGAGCAUCGCCGUCAUCGGAGCGCCUGGAGUGGGCAAAACUUCCAUCAUCCGCCGCUUCGUUUACAACGACUUCUCUGAGAGCUACAGUCCAACCCAGGAACGAUACGUCUACAGGCCCUCCGUCAUCCUCAAUGGGGUCAUGUACGACCUGAAGAUUUUGGACGUCCCACCAAUCGCCUCGUUUCCUUCCAGCCCCACUCAGGAGUGGCUGGACUCGCGCUGCAGGGGGGUCCGUAAUGCCAGUGCCUACAUCCUGGUGUACGACAUCUGCUGCGUGGAGAGUUUCGAGUACGUCAAGAUGAUUCGACAACAGAUCGUAGAUAACAGGGAGGGCAGUAGCAGUGAGGUGCCCAUCCUGGUGGUGGGCAGCAAGCGGGACCUGCAGAGGCACCGCUUCACUCAGCGCAGGGCCGUCUCCGUGCUGGUGAAGAAAACCUGGAAGUGCGGCUACGUGGAGUGUUCGGCCAAGUACAACUGGCACGUGCUGCUGCUCUUCAAAGAGCUGCUGGGCAUCGCGGUGGCGCGCGGCCUGCGCCACAACCACACCUCCAUCCGCCUGCAGGGGGCGCUGCAGAGGAACCGCUGCUCCGUCAUGUGA